AUGAAGCAAUCCCUUUUGAAUAUCAUGAUGGAGUUGAAAAAGGCUAGCAAUCACCCUUUCAUGUUCCCCAAUGCGGAAGCCAAGAUCUUGGAAGGUAGCUCCCGCCGCGAAGACAUCCUUCGUGCUAUGAUUACCAGUAGUGGAAAGAUGAUGCUUCUCGACCAGCUCCUUCGCAAGCUCCGAGGUGACGGCCAUCGUGUUUUGAUCUUCUGUCAAAUGGUUGGCAUGCUCAACAUCCUGAGUGAAUACAUGGAAUACCGUGGCUACAAGUACCAACGUCUAGAUGGAACUAUCCCAUCUGCCUCGCGUCGCUUGGCCAUUGAACACUACAACGCCCCGGGUAGCACCGAUUUCGCAUUCCUUCUCUCCACCCGUGCCGGUGGUCUCGGUAUUAACCUGAUGACUGCAGACACUGUUGUUUUGUUUGACUCGGAUUGGAACCCCCAGGCUGAUUUGCAAGCCAUGGCACGAGCCCAUCGAAUCGGUCAAACAAGACCUGUCAGCGUUUACCGCCUUGUCUCAAAGGAUACAAUUGAAGAGGAAGUCAUUGAAAGAGCUCGCAACAAGCUUUUGCUUGAGUUCAUUACUAUCCAGCGUGGUGUCACGGACAAGGAAGCGUCUGAGAUGCAAAACAAGAUGGCUCGUGUUGUCAACGAGCCCAAUUCCACAGAUGAUAUUUCCAGGAUUCUCAAACGCCGUGGCCAGAAGAUGUUCGAGCAAACCGACAACCAAAAGAAGUUGGAACAACUCGACAUCGACUCUGUUCUUGCGAAUGCAGAAUUACAUCAGACGGAAGAGGCGGAGCAAAUCCAGGCUGACGGUGGCGAAGAGUUCUUGAAGGCUUUCGAUUUCGUCGACAUCAAAGUCGAUGACCUCACCUGGGACGACAUCAUUCCUAAGGAACAACUCGACGAAAUCAAGGCUGAGGAAAAGCGCAAGGAUGAUGAGGUUUAUCUUGCUGAAGUGAUUGAACAAAACCGACCCCGCAAACGUCAAGCCCCCACCGACCCCAAGGAUUCCCGAGAGGAACGCAAGGCGAAGCGUCUAGCGCGAGCUCAAGUCCACAUCGAUGAUGGCGAGGAUGAGAGCGCCUCAUUGGAUCCCAAGCGUCCUCUUGGCGAAAAGGAGUACCGUGCGCUCUCUCGGGCCUUCCUUCGCUAUGGUGAUAUGGAUGACUCUGAGGAGCUCAUCCUUGAAGACGCCCGAUUGCAAACUCGCGAUCGGGACACCAUUCGUGCUGCUCUUCGUGAAAUCACUGAGAAGGCCAAUUCGCUUGUUCAAGAAAGCCUUGAACAACUGGAGGCAAUGAAGCAAUCAGGAAGAAAUCCCACAAAGAAGGAACAGAAGGCAGUUCUAUUUGACCAUCACGGCGUCAAACGCCUCAAUGCCUGGACAAUUGUUGAGCGCCCGCCGGACAUGCGCCUCAUCCGAAGCAUUACUAGUUCGCUGCCUGACUUUAGGACAUUCCGUCUUCCUGAGGCUACUAAGACGGCGGAUUACAGCUGCGUAUGGGGUGCACGUGAGGAUGGAAUGCUUCUCGUUGGUAUCGCACGCCAUGGAUUUGGUGCAUGGACUCAGAUUCGUGAUGAUGCUGAUCUCGGCCUUGGCGACAAGUUCUUCCUCGAGGAACACCGAGUGGAGAGAAAGACACAACGCCUGCAGACUGAGGAGAAAGCCACAAAGUCCCCUGGUGCUGUACACCUUGUUCGACGAGCUGAAUAUCUCAUGUCUGUUUUGAGGAACAAGUACAACAACAAUGCCACCGCACGAAGGGCAGUGGACAACCACCACCGAAAUAACAAGCGGAACUCAAGGGUUUCUGGUAGCGGCAGCAUUUCCGCCUCUCCAGCUCCCUCGGGCUCCCGCAAGGGUCACCACCGCGAGUCUGAUCGUUCACGACCACGCUCCCACACACAUGGCGGCCGGGAUGAUCGUCAUCACACUCCCAGUCACGACUCUCGCGACUCGCGCCCUCGAUCUGGUAUGGAUAUUGAUCGUCCUCGCCAUCGUCUGUCUGACGCCUCGAAUGACGAACUUCGCCGACGCAAAGGGCAUGAGAAUGGCCACUCCAAUAAGGAGGAUAUGGCCUUCAUGUUCUUCAAGCCCAUUGUUGCCAACCUGAAGCAAGUGUCAAUGAUCACAGCCAAGAAUUAUCCCAGCAAGAACGAGAGGGCUCAGAAGCUCCGUCUCACCCUCGUAAAAAUUGGCGAAUUCAUUCGCAAUACCUUGGAGGGCUCUCAAUCUAUGCCCUCCUUGGAGGUCCGCCUUUGGGAUUACGUUUCGCUGAACUACUGGCCAAACAAGGAAGCCAGUGGAGCCAAGCUACAACAGAUGUUCAACAAGGUCAUGGAAGCCAGUAAAGUUUCUAAACCCUCUAACGGUACAUCAGCUUGAGCCCCUUUUGGUUCCCGUUCAUAUAACGGAUACAGGUGUUCUUGGUUUCAGAUUAUUCUCAUAUUAGCACGGUUUGAUGACAUGCAUGUUCAGCGUUUCUUUGUCCCAGGUAUCUAUCCUUUCUCACGGUAGACACUUGCAACAUAUCCCUUUUUUCUUAUAUUGUUUCAUUUCCUGCAGAUUUGUUUGAUUUUGCACAAUUUUGUACUCCGUUCAUUCUGCAUUCUUGCAUUGGACCCCUGAACUUCAGUAUUUGGGCUUUUUGGAAUUGCUGUUACUGUCACUUGUCACUCUUCCUUGACAUGUGUUGAUGUUGUCAUGGUGAGUGAGACAGUCUGUCCUUUUUUCGGUUCUUUGAUUGAAGGUACAUAUGGAUACGACCCCAACUCGUUGUCUGGCAUUGCGAAAGGCGUCGAAUGAUUUGCGUGAAACCCGAAAAGCACAGAGAGAUA